UUUUUUUGUCAUUCAUAACCUGUUGUAGUCAAAGAACUCCUAAACAUUUACAAAGUACUGUCAAGAUAUAUAUAAAAACGCUUGAAAUUAUUUCAAAAUCUAAAGAUGAACAUCCGUGUGGCACGACCAGAGGACCUGCUGGCCAUGCAACACUGCAACCUGCUGUGUCUGCCCGAGAACUAUCACAUGAGAUACUACUUUCUGCAUAUUAUCAGCUGUCCGCAGCUCAGCUAUGUGGCCGAGGACGAAAAGGGUCGAAUUGUGGGCUAUGUCCUGGCCAAGAUGAAGGAUCCAGAGCCCAAUGGAGGUGAGAAUCAGCCCAAGCUGGGGAAUAUCACCUCGUUAGCCGUCAAACGCUCCUACCGACGUCUAGGCCUGGCCCAAAAACUGAUGCAGCAAUCCGCCCGGGCUAUGGCCGAGUGCUUCCAGGUCGACUACGUCAUGCUACAUGUCCGCGUCAGCAAUCGGGCGGCCCUGGCUCUCUAUACCCGUAUCCUGAACUUCCAGACCAUGGGUGUGGAUGCCAAGUACUAUGCCAAUGGCGAAGAUGCUUAUAUUAUGAGGCUGGAUAUGUCUGGAAAAGCCGAUAUCCAGGAGAACAAGUCCAUCAACAUGGGGGAGAACAUAGGCGACGGUGACAAGGCUUUAAACAAAGGAUGUAGCUGUAACCAUUGUGGCCAUGAUGGUCAUUGCUGUUAGGCCUUUUUUUUAAUAUCCAGCUUUAUAGCCCCCUUAUAAAAUAAAUAGAAAAAUAUAUAUUUUUGAUGCUAUAUAAA